CAAUAUGAUGAUGCUCUUGAAAUUUGUGAGCGUGCCGACACCAUCGAUCUCAUUAUGUUGCAAGUGGAUGUCGAAAAUCAGGUAACUAAACAAAUAAAUUUCUUUUUAAUCGUACGCCUUUUGUGGCAUGCUGCAUUUUAUCGAUUUGCUUUGACAAUAUUCGUUUCUGUGUUUACAUCAGGGCACCUCUUUUUUGUUAUCCGGACGUGUAACGAAUUUGACGACGUCCUGGUCCCCUGCAUCCAGAAUCCAUUUCGUCCACCUCACAAUUGAGGACGAAUUCAUUGAUGUUGACAUCGUCAUCCCGUCAUCACAGUUACGAACGAUUGUUGAAUCUGUAUUCAGUCAUGCAGAUGUUGUCAAGGCUGACUAUAUGGCCUUUCUGAACAUGCUUGGAGAACAGACAUUUGAAGUCAUGGUCACAGUCGGUCCAUGGAACGAUGCAUUUGGUUAUUGUGAACUUGUGUUGAUGAAAUUAUUUUUGCCUUUGCUGAAUUGAGUACCAUGUCAUGAACAAUGAGACAAUGUAUUGAGUUUUCUUAUUUUGGACUUGCAUGUUAUUUGUCGUAAUACUCAACUAGAUUAGAUUUGUGAUUAGUAAAAUUUCAUGUAAGUAUUUUUAUUGUGAUUAGCUAAUCUUCAAAUGUAUUUCUAACUUAUUAUGAAUGUUCAUUCAUAUUACAUGUUCGUCUUCAACGAAUUGCAAAAUUGCAACAAUCUUAUGAUAAUAUAAAACAAGACUCAUUUCUCGACACUAUCAUUAUAGAUAUUGUAACUCCAUUUCCUUAAACAAAUGCGGCCAACGGGCCGGGCUAUAGGCUAGUUAGUUAUUAGUUAAUACAACAUUAGGGGGGUAACUCUUUUCUCUGACAAAAAUGGAGUGAAGAAAGAAAUUAUGUUCAGUAAGGAUAUGGUUAUCUUACAUAACGGUCUCUUUUCAGUUUGAAUUGAGCUUGGGAGGCAGUGAUAAGGACGAGCUGCAACCAAUUCAUAGUGAGAAGAGAGCUAUGAACUGUGAUCAUGUCUUAUUUCAAGUUAGAAGGUAGUUUCAGUCUAAGGAUUAUUUAAUUUGACAAGUUGUUUCGUCCAUGAUUCUUGGUAGUUUCAGUGCCAUUCUAGCCAUUGUUUAAUCUGUAAUUUUUGAGAAUUGAUGUGCGAGUAAUGACUUUCACUUAGCUUCAACUAUUAUGUGUGUAUUUAUUGGCAUGUGAUAGAAAUCUCUUUUCCUUUUCUUUGAAUUCAGUUUCAUACUCUAAUUGUAUCAUUUGUACAUAGGCAAAUCAUGCUCGAGAUGACAACUCGCUGAUAAGGCUGGUGCAAGGAACGGAGCCAUCAUUAGAAUUCAUACCGACAACGGGGAGGGAUGCCCAGGACUAAUUCAAUGAUGAUUGAUGAUGGUAUAAUAAAAAAUGUAGUCUGCAUCAACACCAAUUUCUAGGCCUAAGUAAAGUUAUUCAACCCAGAACUCUGCUUAGCGCUAAAAAUUUCCCUCACCCAACCUUUAUCCUGUUUGACCCACUUCUGAAGAGUCAAGAUGUAUGAAUAUGACUAAUCCUCUCCGUUCGUAUUUUCUUAUUGACUCUUUCUAACCCUUUAGGUUGGGGCGGGUCGGGAAGAAUCAGGUUAGUGGGUCGGUCCUAAUCAAGUGGAAUCCCAAUCCCUUCACUCUCACUUGAUUUCUCUCCUAUUCCACAAGUGGGUAACAUACAGUAAUCCGGCCAACGGGCCGGGUAAUAGGCUAGUUAGUUAUUAGUUAAUACAACAUUAGGAUUUUAGAAUACUAACCUCCAAACAAUCUCUUAGCUCUGGGAUGACCCGGACUCUUAAAAGCCCAAAAUGGGAAGUUCGAACAAAGCCCAGAUAGCUGGGACCGGAUCCGAAGCCCUUUUCGUCAGCCAUAAACCGUCUGUCUUUCUCUCCCCUGCUUUCAUCUGUCGAAUUUUACCCACGCGACCCGACCGGCGGGCACCAAACUCGUUUCCAGUUUCCACGGCGACGGCGCCGGCGCCGAUAGAAGGGGAAAAAGCAAUGACAGCCUUGAAAUCCCUGGAACAGGAGUUCCCACUUCUGGACAUCAACUUCCAGUCCUUCUGCGCUUCACACAGUAUUCUCACAAUUGCGGAUUUCCUUACGCACGACCUCCACUCACUGGCCGCAGCCGCCGAGAGCCAGCCGGCGUCCCUGCGACUAAAAGAGGGCAUCAGCCAGGUCCUUUCGAUCGUAGAUACGCUGCACCAGCCAUGGUUAGACGGCCUGGAGCUGCUGCAAGAUGCAAUGGAUAACAAACGCGUUCUCUCAACUGGAAUCGCAGCGGUCGAUUCGUUUCUCCAUGGUGGAUUGCGGGUGGGGCAAUUGACCGAAUUGGCAGGGCCGUCCUCAUCUGGCAAAACCCAACUUUGUCUAAGGCUCGCUUCAAGUGUUGCCAAGAUGGAUAGGGGCAGUGUGGUGUAUGUAGAUACAGGGAACUCCUUUUCAAGCAGGCGUAUACAUCACUUCCUUUGUGAGAACGGCGGUCCUCCCUCGAAACAGGACGAUACUGGCAUUGUACAAAGAGUAAUGAGCAGAAUAUUGCGCCACUCAGUAUUCGAUAUCAAUUUGCUGUUUAAUGUGCUACACCAGUUGGAGUUCAUAUUGGGAUCACAGGAAUGCAUGGAAGGCUGUAAGGUUCAGUUACUGAUAGUUGAUUCAGUCUCCUCGUUGAUCACCCCUAUCCUUGGAGGCGGCAGCUCGCAGGGAUAUUCUUUGAUGGCAUCUCUAGGAGUUUUGCUGAAGAAGUUAGCACACGAGCACGAUAUCGCAAUCCUGGUGACCAAUCAUAUGGUAGGUGGAGAGCGGGGGAACCCUAAACCGGCUCUGGGAGAGAGUUGGAAGAGCAUUCCACAUGUGAGGCUGCUGCUCUCUUGUGACUAUGAAACCAAUACCUGCAACAUUUCCACUCUAAAACACCCUUCGCUGGCAGCAGGCAGAUCAGCAAGCUUUGUGAUUGAUUAGGGAGACUACAAGGGGUACCUCCUAUCCUAGCCAUAACAUGUGAAUAUAAAAGGUUUAGUGGUCUCAAAAGAAAUGUGCAGGAAGCUCAGGAAUAUAAAUGUGCAAAGCUUCUUGAAGUGGUCCUUUGCUGCAAGGUGGCUGUAUCUCGACAAUUUGUGUAGUUAGGUUUGGAAAUGAGAGCUUGAUGCUAGGCAUAACUUAGCCCCAUGUACUUAGUAGGCACACGCUUUAAUCACUAACCAAAACAACAAGUGAUAGUCUAUUAGUCUGAUUUUCCUUUCUUUACUUUAUUAUAAAAAAAGAUAAUGUCUAUUUAUUAUCCAAAUAUUUUUCGUUUUCUUUUAUUUUAGCCAAAUAAAUAUAUUGAAAUACU